CAUGUCCACUGAAGACAUGAUCCGAGCUCUCACUAUCAAUGUGACAAAUAUGCAACAAAAUAUGUCACAAUGCUCGCAAGAAGAAGUGUCCAACGAACAGAACUUGGACAAUCAGUUGAAACAAAUGCCAAGCAUUGUGAACCACAUGGGCGAGGAGGAGGAAGAAGAGGAGCUUACGGAGAAAGCUCAACCGGAGGAGGAACCUCAAAACUCAACUCAACCACCGGCCAUUCCUGAGAUCAUGCCACCAUUUACUGGGGCUCUAAGGGAAACACAAAGGGUGGAGAAGGACAAAGAUAUCUAUGAAAUCUUCAGCAAUUGUGAGUAUCAUUUAGACUUCUCUUUGUUCACAAAUAAGCAAGGAAUAACGAUGGGAUUACACAAAUAUUUCAUACUCCCUCUUAUAACACCCGGAUCAAAACCCCUUCCAUUGGCCAUGCUUAAUGAAAAUCAUGGACCAACACUCUCACAAUAUGAAGUGAUAGAAAUCUGGAUAUUUGAUCCCGGAAAGGUCAAAAUAAAGGGUCGAAAAACCGAGUCUUUCUAUAAGAGUCACCCGGGUGAAAAUUUGAAGAAGAUGAGUUAUCACGAUCCAAGCUUGAACGAUUGAACACAACCAUGGCGUCGUGCCGCGACGUUAACUAAGGCGCUUCUUGGGAGGCAACCCAAGCAAGCUUCUUAAAUGCCCAAUAUGAAUGUUGAUGAUGUUAUUGUGAUUUAUAUUAGGAAGAGUUUCUCCAAGCAGUUUUCUUCUCGACGGUUCACUUGGCUUCAACAAGCACGUAAAGGAAACCACCUUGGACAGUUUCCACGUACACUCCUUGCAGAAAAUUGGGCAAUCAUCAUAUAAUAAAUAGCUAGCAUGCUUCAUCAAUCAGUUGAAUCACAAUUCCGAAAAUGCUUCUAAGCUGAGUUCUGGAGAUCUGAUCUGAAGAUGUAACUCAACAGAAUUCAAGUCUUCCAAGACAAACUGGGAUCUGAGAGUAAGAUCGGUGAUCACGAGGCCAUGUACAAUUAAACUAUUUUUUAGAUCAAUAACUUUUUUCUUAUUUUCACAAGCAAAAUUAGUCCGGUACUAAUCAUGCAAUGAUUCUAAACACGUUUAACAUCAAUUGACUUAAAUUGUAAUUCACUUAAACUUUUACGACAUAAUUG